AUGAACUUCAAUCUCGAUGCACUCAAGGGACUCUCAUCCAAAGUCACCCCAUUCGCACAGCGCGCACAGCAGUUUGUCAGUGAGCAAGUCAGCAAUGUCCCCAAGACUGAACUCCCAGAAGAGUACCUGGACCUAGAGAAGAAGGUCGAUGCCCUCAAAGGUGCACACGUCAAGCUCCUUGCCGUGACGCAGACUUAUUCCCGUGAAAACUACGACUACCCAACCAACCUCCGUGAAACAGGCGCAGAGCUCUUCACCAGCAUCUCGCAAAAGGCGAACGACCUUGCUGCUGCUCAAUCUACAGCAGAGGCACAAACGGCCAUUACAAAGCCAGCGCCAAAGGGAGCACCCAAGACACUCAGCCAUGCAUUAGGUCGUGCUGCCAUGAGCGGUGCAGAGGGAUUGGGAGUGACGCACAGCACCGAUAACACGCUAGGCGCUGCACUGCAAACCGUUGCUCUUGCUUCUGAACAAGUGGGUGAAGCGCGUCUUGCGCAAGACUCACGCAUCAACAGUGAAGUCAAUGCAGGACUCAGCACGACCUUGAAUACGACGUUGCAAUUUGCUACACGCGCCAGGAAGACAGUCUACAGUACGCGUCUAUCUCUCGACGCAGCCAAAACCGCUGCCAAGAAUGCAAGGCCUGAUAAAGCGGAUGCUGCGCGGAUCGAGGUGGAGAGGGCGGAGGAUGAGUUUGUGGCAGCGGUGGAGGAAGCGACGACGGUGAUGAAGUCGUGUCUGGAGAGUGCAGAGCCAUUGAGGAACUUGCAGGAUCUUGUCGCUGCUCAGGCGGCUUUCCACAAGCGUGCUGCUGAGAUUCUGGAGGAGGCAGCUGCGGCCAUCAAGCAGACGUAG